GGCGGCGCGCCUCAGGUGAGGCACCCUGUUAUUUACCUGCUGCUCGUCCCUGCUUGCGGCAUUCCAGACUGGGCGGGGAUCCUUCAAUCCAGACUUCGUCUGAAGAGAUUCGGGAAGAAAUCUCAGGAAGAGCUGCGCACUGCAGAGAGGAACGACGCCGGUUAACCGUCAAUAGAAUGACCACGGCAGGUGAGUAUGGAGCAAAUUCGUGGGAGCUGUGUGUGCAGGUGGAGCACCAGUAUGAAGGAGAACCCAAGGAAUUUAAACUGAGAGUCUCUGGAGAUCUGCAUGUGGGAGGUCUGAUGUUGAAGUUAGUCGAGAAAAUCCAGAUUAAUCAAGACUGGUCAGAUUAUGGUCUUUGGUGGGAGCAGAAGAACAGCUGGCUGCUGAAAACCCACUGGACGUUGGACAAGUAUGGUGUGCAGGCGGAUGCCAAACUCCUCUUCACGCCACAGCAUAAAGCGCUCAGGCUCCAGCUACCCAAUAUGAAGACCGUGCGGCUCCGAGUCAGUUUCUCUGCUAUGGUGUUCAAGGCUGUGGUGGAAAUCUGCAAGAUGCUCAAUAUAAGAAGGCCAGAGGAGCUGUCGCUGCUGAGAGCUGCAGAUGACAUUCUGAAGAAGAAAAAGAAAAAAGAUAAAAACCGGGAUCCAGUUAUUGAGGACAUUUUAAAUUUGGACAACUCUGCUGUGUUGCCAGGGUCUACAGCAAGUCCUGGACUCUACAGCAAAACGAUGACACCGAUGUAUGACCCAGUCAAUGGAACUCCAGCGUCGUCAACCAUCACCUGGUUCAGCGACAGUCCACUAACAGAGCAGAACUGCAACAUUCUGGCGGUCAGCCAGCCAAGUUGCCCCCCUGAAGUGCUGACUAAGCUGCACCAGCCCUUAACGUUGGGAGACAAGGCAGUAAUCAGUUCUGGAUGGCUCGACUCGUCCCGCUCCUUAAUGGAACAAGGCUUCCAGGAGGAUGACAAACUGCUGCUACGCUUCAAAUACUACAGCUUCUUUGACUUGAAUCCCAAAUAUGACGCAGUGAGAAUAAACCAACUUUACGAGCAGGCGAGGUGGGCGAUUUUACUGGAGGAGAUUGACUGCACGGAGGAAGAAAUGCUAAUGUUUGCUGCUCUCCAGUACCACAUAAGCAAGCUAUCAAAGUCUUCCGAAAAUUUGGAUUUCUCAAACGAACCUGAUGUGGAUGAGGUGGAAGCUGCCCUGGCCAACCUGGAAGUGACACUGGAAGGAGGAAAUACUGACCGAAUUCUGGAGGACAUCACUGACAUUCCAAAGCUUUCGGACAAACUGAAGUUAUUCAGGCCUAAAAAGCUGACCCUGAAAGCGUAUAAGGAGUACUGGUUUGUUUUUAGAGACACCACCAUAUCCUACUACAAGAAUAAGGAGUCCGCCCGAGGAGAGCCAAUCGAACAACUGCAUCUAAGAGGCUGUGAAGUCGUACCCGAUGUUAACGUUACUGGAAGAAAAUUUGGCAUCAAGUUGUUAAUACCAGUGGCGGACGGCAUGAAUGAAGUCUACCUGCGAUGUGAAGAUGAAUCUCAAUACGCAAGGUGGAUGGCUGCAUGUAUGUUGGCAUCAAAGGGAAAAACCAUGGCAUACAGCUCUUACCGGACUGAGGUUCACAACAUCCAGUCUUUCCUGAAAAUGAAAAAUGUGAAUUCCGCUCCUCAGGCACCGGCGUCUUCGGAUCCAGAGGCUAUCGACAUGACUUCGGAGUGCUUUGUGUCUCCACGAUACAUUAAAAAGUACAAAACCAAGCAGCUCACAGCCCGCAUCCUCGAAGCCCACCAGAACGUGUCACAGAUGUCACUCAUGGAAGCCAAGAUGCGAUUUAUUCAGGCGUGGCAGUCUUUACCCGAGUUCGGCAUUGCCUACUACAUUGUAAGGUUUCGGGGCAGUAAGAAGGACGAGAUCCUUGGGAUUUCCUACAACAGACUGAUAAGGAUAGACAUGGCUACAGGCCUGCCAGUUAUAACCUGGAGGUUCUCCAACAUGAAACAGUGGAACGUCAACUGGGAAAUCCGACAGGUGGCAAUUGAAUUUGAUCAGAACGUGUCCAUCGCGUUCAGCUGUUUAAGCUGUGAUUGCAAGAUUGUCCACGAGUACAUCGGUGGCUAUAUCUUCCUUUCCACACGAUCUAAAGACCAAAAUGAAACCCUGGAUGAAGAGCUUUUCCAUAGACUCACUGGAGGACAGGAAUGAAAUGGUUUUCCAAGACGGCUGGAAACAUCGACAUUCUUCUUCCCGAUUUUCUUUUUAAACAUCACGAAGAUCACUCCUCGAGCGAUUUUCAAUGGUCAUUAAACUAGUGUUGGUUAAAAGUCAGACAUUUUCAAGUUAUACCGUAAUGAAGUUAAAAAAAAAAGAAAAAAAUAAUAAAAACAGGUUUUAUUUCUACACUA